UCGUGAAGUUAAGACCGACCGACUACGCUCUGCCAGAAAAGCAACUGGAAAAAGAAAAGAGCUUUUUUGAAAUGUUAUCAAUUUCUAUGAUAAACAUUUAUUUUUAUAAUACUUUUAAAUUUUACGUCCAUGGUGGCUGUCGGGUUUAAUACAAAAACGGGGAAAUAUCUCCCAGAUCGGAUUGAGUACUUACGAAAAACACGUCAACGCCACAGUUGGCCUCUGGAAGUUCUUGCUAAGACAGAAGCAAGGCCACACUCGGCGCCUUACAUUGUGUCCAUUCAGAUUCAAACGGAGGAAGGACAAUCUCUACACUAUUGUGCUGGAUCAAUAAUCAACGAAAAUUGGAUAUUGACAGCAGCCCAUUGCUUGGAUUCGAAGGAAGUUGUCGAAAAUUCUAUUUUGGUAGCUGGUUGCCAUGAUAUUCAUUCUACAAGGGAUGAUGAUAGUGUGCAACGGCGAACCAUCGAGUUUUUCAUCAAGCACGAGCUGUUCCUAGGAGGUGUUAAUCCCUAUGACAUCGCUCUCAUUUACACGAGAACACCUUUCAAAUUUUCGGAAUAUGUUCAACCAGUAGAACUGCCCAAGCAGGGUGACCUGGCGCAUGGAGCAGCAACCCUUUAUGGAUGGGGAAAUAUCUCAACGACUUGUAUACCUUUGUUUCCGAGUCUAUUGCAGGCCACUGACAUGCCGAUUCUAGACAUGGAACUGUGUGAAGGAGUUCUUGGUGACGUCGGAAUGUGUUUGCAUGAGACAAACUUGUGUACAGGCCCACUUGAUGGAGGUAACAGCAUAUGCACUGCCGAUUCGGGAGGCCCUUUAGUCCAACGAAGUGUCUACUUUGGAAGAACGACGAUAGUUGGAAUUGUGUCGUGGGGCAAGAUGCCUUGUGGUCAAGUCAAUGCACCGUCCGUCUUCGUAAAGGUUGCGUCAUUUAUCGAUUGGAUCCAAAAUACAAUAAAGACUGCUGAGCAGAGUUUUAAAUGCCAACAAUUCUCGAAAGAUAUACAAAUUUAAAAAAUAUUUUAAAUAGUUUCAUGAUCUCAAAUUGUCAUUAGAACAACUUAGUAUAAAUCAUUAAUUAAUCUUAAGUCUUAUAUAUAUAAAUACAAAAGUCCAAAU